UGAACUGUUUGAACCGAAAGUAGUUCCUGACGGUCUCAGAAGAUGGCCGGAAUCAAUCGUGGGUCUUGUUCAACAGAUUGGAAACGGUGUGGGUUUGCUUUUACGGCAGCCUCCGGCGGCGGUUGAAGCUCUGUUUCACGGCGGCUUAGCUUGUGAGGUAUUCCAAGACCACCCUCAGUAAUGGGGAGCUGAACUUUCUGGCAUCAUAUAGAGUGGAUGCCUCCUUUAUCCUUGUUUCCAUUCCUCAGAAAGUUUCCUGUAUAGCUUCCCAAUAUGACCAGCAACCUUGGGAGAGAUUUUGAAGAGAGAGAGGUGGUAAUUAGUAUGUAGGGAGAUUUUAUAGAGUGACUUCAAUCAAGGUGAUUUUUCCCUAUUCAAAAUGGGCAGUAAAGGUCGUAUUCCACUUCCACAUGGAAGACGCACUCUUCCAGGUUUUGGUGUAUUGCAUCCAGAAGCAUUUGGUCAUGGGCUACGUCCUCCACCAGGAUCCAAACUAUUUUAUAGUAGAACCAGGAGGAUGAUAACUUCAACGUUGGGCAUGUUUGGCUAAAAAAUUUCAUUCAUAGAGAAAAUCUCAAGCUUUCUUCUCUCUUUACUCACAAAAGUGUUGCUGGAAAAUGGCCGCUACCUUCCAUGCUGUUGGAUCAUUAGCUUCUUCAGGCACCAGUAAUGUUGGAGAUAAUAAGCAACUGCCUGGACGUUUUUCACUUAAGAGAACUCCAAGACAUUUGAGGUUUUCAAAUGGUUAUAGAACAAAAGCAGCAUCAAAUCCUAAUUUGAAGUCAGUUGAGGUCCCACGUCAAUGGUACAAUCUGGUUGCAGAUCUUCCUGUAAAACCCCCUCCUCCAUUGCAUUCCAAGACUCUUGAACCAUUAAAACCCGAAGAUUUGUCACAUCUCUAUGCUGAUGAAUUGAUUAAGCAAGAGACCAGUACCGAUCGGUACAUAAACAUCCCCGAUGAAGUUGUUGAUAUUUACGAGCUUUGGCGCCCAACUCCUCUGAUCAGAGCUAAGAGAUUAGAGAAGCUUCUUGACACACCUGCUAGAAUUUACUACAAGUAUGAAGGAGUUAGCCCUUCUGGGUCACAUAAACCCAACUCUGCUGUUCCACAAGUUUGGUAUAAUGUACAAGAAGGUGUCAAGAAUGUUGUUACAGAAACUGGGGCUGGGCAAUGGGGAUGCAGUUUGGCAUUUGCUUGCAGCAUAUUUGGUAUUGGCUGUGAGGUGUGGCAAGUGCGUGCUUCUUAUGAUCAAAAACCGUAUCGACGAAUAAUGAUGGAAACUUGGGGGGCAAAAGUACACCCAUCUCCAUCCAAUAUCACAGAUGUAGGUAGAAAAUUUCUUCAAGUUGACCCCUCAAGUUCGGGAAGUUUGGGAAUUGCCAUUUCAGAAGCAACGGAGAUUGCAACUCUCAAUGUUGAUACCAGAUACUGUUUGGGAAGUGUUCUCAACCAUGUUUUGCUUCACCAAACCGUCAUCGGUGAAGAGUGUCUAAAACAAAUGGAAGCCUUAGGUGAGAGCCCGGAUGUUGUAAUAGGUUGCACUGGCGGGGGGUCAAACUUCGCAGGUCUUGCCUUCCCCUUCCUCCGCGAGAAACUUGCUGGAAAAAUGAACCCUGUUAUUAGAGCAGCUGAACCUGCAGCAUGUCCUUCGUUAACCAAAGGCGUUUAUGCUUAUGAUUAUGGCGAUACAGCUGGGAUGACACCGUUAAUGAAAAUGCAUACACUUGGUCACAACUUCAUUCCUGACCCCAUCCACGCUGGUGGAUUGCGGUAUCAUGGUAUUGCUCCAUUGAUCUCACAUGUCUAUAAUCUUGGUCUUUUGGAAGCUAUAUCACUUCCCCAAACAGAAUGCUUUCGAGGGGCUGUACAAUUUGCUCGAUCGGAAGGACUAAUACCAGCACCUGAACCAACUCACGCAAUUGCUGCAACUAUCCGAGAGGCUCUUCGCUGUCGAGACACCGGAGAGUCGAAAGUUAUUCUCACAGCCAUGAGUGGGCAUGGUCACUUUGACUUGCCAGUGUACGAGAAGUAUCUACAAGGUGGGAUUAGAGAUCUUUCUUUUGCAAAGGAGAAGAUACAAGAAUCAUUAACAUCCAUUCCUCAGGUGGCCUGAAGUCAUACAUACAGAUUGAAUAAAUUUACUUAUUGAAAAUAAAGUUUCAGUGUUUAUGGAAAAAUUUGAACUUUAUUUCUGUUUUUAUUAUUUUUAUUGUUAUUUUAAAUAUAACAUUGAUGAAUAGAUAGUAUAUCAACGCUCAUUCAAAUUUUAUUAUAAAUAUAACAUUAAUGUAUCACUAGUAA